AUGGCUCCUUCACUUCCCAAGAACGUCAUGGGAGGUGACGAGGUUCCCAGCUCUGGACUUUUGUCAAUCUCUCCUCUAGGCCUUGUCCCAGUUUCUGGUGGAAGAGUUGCCAAGAGCAAAGCAUACGGAAAGCCCGCCAACUUUCAAUUCGCGCUGAACAUUAACUCCUGUGUCAAGGAAUGGGUGAAGUGCCCCGAGAGCGAUGAAACCAAGCUCGCAGAUUAUCUGGGCCUUGUCCUUAUCGCCGAACUUCGGUUUUUGGCAAUCUCCUGGCCAGUCCUCGAUAUCUUGACUGUUUUCCACCCACUUAGAGGGGAUACUGAAAAAACACACUCAUUCGAGAUCAUGCAUUCGCCGAUUACCCGUGAAAGAAUCAAGGCCAUUGUCAACCCAGAGAGAGAAUGGCCCAUGGGGGAUGAAUGGGACAAUAGCAAUGAGAUAAUACGGUCCAAGAGGAUGGCUUGGUGCUUGCUUCACUUGCCGAUGUAUUUCGAUAUCUACCAAGCCCAGUCAUCCGCCGAGCGGAAGGCGAAGAAUCUUGAAUCCCGCGAAAAUUUCAAGGCCAAGUUUGGGCUGGUCUGCACAAAGCAAGACGACUUACAAUUUGAUUCCACCUUUCCCCAGUUCGGACCAUCUAGAAUGGAUGGUAAGCAGGAGCAUCUCAACCGCGCUUGGGAGCUGUUGAAAUAUGUCUCGUACCUUAUUGACUCAGACUGGCAUGAUCGGAAGGUAUUCUCCCUCGACAAAGGCUUGUCGACGUACACGGAGGAUAUCCAUGAGUGGAUUGAGAAUAUCACACUUGCUUCGCUUGAAUCCCAAAGCCAAAAGGCCUCGGCUUAUUAA